AUGUCAAACCCAUCAAUUCCUCAAUCCAAUCAAAACAUACCAACAUCUCAACACCAUUUACUAUCACUAAAAGUCUUAAGAGCAGCAAGACCAACAUUCAAACAACCACCACUACAUCCAACAAUCAAUCCAAUCAACCCAUCAAACUCAAUCUCAACCAUCACAUUCGAAUCAGCACCCAAGAGUUCAACACUCACUUUACCCGAUUCCUUUGGUGUCAUCUAUCUUGGUCAAACCUUUCAUGGUUUAUUAUCAGUUCAAUAUGAAGGAAAUCAACUGGAUUCAAUCGUAGAGAAUGUAGCUUUAAAAGUCGAAUUACAUACAGCUUCUCAUAAAGCUUUUUUGGAUGAAAUUAAAACUCAUCAGAUCGGAUUCGGUCAAAACGGAUUAGAAUUAUCGGUUAAACAUGAGAUUAAAGAACUUGGUCUUCAUACUUUGGUUUGUACUGUUUUUUAUGAUCAAAUCCAAUCUGUAAACUCUCAAGAUCUCGACCCAACGAAUCCUUCUCCAGAUCCUACUGUUCGAGUCCCAAGAAGUUUUAGAAAGGUCUACAAAUUCCAAGUUUUGAAUCCAUUAUCAGUGAAAACCAAAGUUCUAGUCCCAUCAAGCGCUCAACCCUCAUUCCAAACAAGUCCAUUACCUUCUACAAUCAAUGCGAUCUUUUCACCUACAAUCCGUGAACAACUUUACUUAGAAGUUCAAAUCCAAAACCAAUCCACCCAACCUAUCAUCUUCCAACACGUCAAACUGAUCCCACCUCAAGCUGAAACCAAUCCAGAAGAAGAAGCAGAAGAAGACAAACUAGAAUAUCUUGAUUUAAACCUAGAUUCUAAAACUAAUUUAUUAUCCAACUCAUUGACUCAUCUAUCAACAAAUGAUUCCAAUCAAUUCUUAUUCCUAAUCAUCAGUCAAUCAGUCAACCCUUCUUCCUUAAAGAAACCCAUUCAAAUUCUAGGAAGAUUAGAAAUUUCUUGGAAUAGUAUGAUGGGAGAAUCAGGAAGAUUAAUGACCAAUCCAUUAACACGAAAACGUUUACCAGGACCGAUUCCAUCAAUCCCAAAUUGGAAACCUGAAGAAACCCGUUUCAAUCGAUUUGAAUCGAUUAAAUUUGAUUUGCUGAUUGAAAGUUUAAAUGAAUCUUCAAAUAUAAAAGUAGGAAUCCCCUUCAAAGUGAUUUAUUUAAUUAACUUAUCAUCUUUACCUAUUUUAGAAAACCCAAGUUCAUGGGUUUUAGUUUUCCAACAUUUAUCAAUUGAUGAUGAUCAUUCUUCAAUCGAAGUAGAUCAAACCCCCACAAACCUUUCCAAUGUUUCUUCUAAUCCUGAUUGGUCAUUAAAAGAAAGUCUGGUUUCAUUCUCAUCUAAUUUAUUAUCUAACACUAGUACCAAAAGAUCAUCUACCAUUGAAACCAAAAGCCCAAAUAAAUCAACUUGGAACGACCCACCUCAAAAACCUAAUCGAUGGACCCUUAAUGGGAACUUCAAACCUAAUAGUCUUACUACUGAUUUAUCAACACCUCGUCCUUUGAUUCGUAAGGAUCAAAUUAGAUCUGAUCAAGUUGGAAUGGUCAGAUUAGGACCUGAUCAAGUUCGAGUGUCGGAAAUCGGGUUGGAGAAUCGGGUUUCGGUUGAGUAUUUAGCUUUGGAAGACGGAUUGAAAGCUUUAGGUGGGAUUAGAUUGGUACUUGAAGAAUUGAAUGAUGAUACUGAAGAAAGGUCUAGAAGAAGUGUGGUGGUGGGUGAAUGGAAUGAAACUGGUUAUGUUUGGUGUAAAUUAUAA